GUAGACCCCUUAAGGCUUAGGUCAAUCCGGCUCAAGUGUACAGCCUAUAAUGAACGCGGUCGAGCAACUGUCGAAUUUCCACGAUAAUAUACCAGCAAAAAACAGUGUUUUCGGUCUUAACCACAGCCUUACCUGUCUCCUCACUGUGUGAGGAAGUCGCCAUACUCAAGGAGGCGCGGCACACCCUUUAGCUAAAGCUACAUACCUUCAGAAUACGGCAAGAUACACUGUUACUCCAUGUGACCGGAAAACCCGCACACUCAGAGACAGAGAGGGCUGGAAGGAGCCGCGUUAAUAAUGCCCGCGGAAGACUGUAGUCUUAGGUAGAGACACUUAAACUGGCCUGAGAUCAGCACUGAGGCGUGCUAACACCUGAACACAGGAAGAGAGGAGUCGAGAAGCUGCUCUUGUUAUACAAAGGCGGUUUUAUUAUCAUGGCACCGAAUCCUGUCAUUCAGGCCAUCAUAGACUUGUCAGCUGGAGCAUGUGGUGGUAUAGCAUGUGUGCUCUGUGGCCAGCCAUUUGACACCGCCAAGGUCAAGAUGCAGACUUUCCCCAAUAUGUACAGAGGGUUUGUUCACUGCUUCGUGUCCAUCUCCAAACAACUGGGUCUGCGAGGCUUGUACCAGGGCACCACCCCGGCUCUGCUGGCCAACAUCGCAGAGAACGCUGUGCUGUUCAUGAGUUACGGCUUCUGCCAGGAUGUGGUGCGCUUUACGAUUGGGCUGGAGAGAGGAACUGAGCUCAGUGACAUUCAGAAAGCUUGCUCUGGCUCUGUGGCCUCCAUCUUUUCCUCUCUGGCUUUGUGUCCCACCGAACUAGUGAAGUGUCGCCUGCAGGCCAUGCAUGAAAUGGAGGCAUCAGGCAAGAUCGCUAGUGGACAGAAAAGCACAGUGUGGUCUGUGGUCAGAAAUGUCUUAAAGACAAAUGGUCCUCUGGGUUUCUAUCAGGGCCUGACCACUACAAUAGUACGUGAGAUUCCAGGCUACUUCUGCUUUUUUGGAGGCUAUGAACUGAGCCGAUCUCUUUUUGCUCGUGCCAUGGGAAGGAGCAAGGAGGACAUAGGUGUUGUUCCCUUGAUGUUCAGUGGUGGGUUUGGAGGGGCCUGUCUCUGGAUAGUGGUUUAUCCAAUAGACUGUGUAAAGUCCCGCAUUCAAGUGUUGUCUCUGGCUGGGCGACAGGACGGCUUUCUCAAGACUUUUAUGGGCAUUGUGCGAAAUGAAGGAGUGCGGCCUCUUUACUCAGGUUUGACCCCAACUUUGAUCCGGACAUUUCCUGCAAACGGUGCUCUCUUUCUGGCCUAUGAACUCAGUCGCAAGAUGAUGAUGAAACAGUUUGAUCAGUGACUUUAACUUUCAUAAUUUCACUUGAACUGUUUCUUGAUCUCCAGCAUAACAGAAAAGUUUAUAUAGUAAUAUAUACAGAAGAAAUAAUAUUAUUUCUUUUUUAAAAGGUGCUUCCAAAUACUAAACACUGCCUAAAUUUUGCUGCAGUAUUACAGAAAGUCAGUACAGUGGUUUAACUGUAAACACUAGACAUGCUGGUUUUAAACAAAUCAAAGAGUUAAACGGGCAUAAAAAUCAUACAGUUUAUCUGCUGCUGGUUAUUAAAGCUUUUGAUGUGUAAUGUGAUAAUGACAACUACACUGUAAAAGAAAAUAUCUUUCGCAAUUGGUACCACAUUUCCCUAAUAUUCUCUUGCUCACUAAACUUAAAAUGUAUUGUUGCUCAGACUUUAGGACUUUGGCCAUCAACUGCAUUAAUAUAUCAGUAUAACUUUCUCCAUAUGUGUAUUUAUUCGGUGCUAUUAUUGUAGCUCCUGGUUUCAUGUACACAUCUAACAAAGUCAAAAUGUACAUAUAUAUUUUGUUGCUGUCAGGCAAAACCAUUCUCAACUUGAAUUGAGAAUCAACUUAAAAAGUGAAUACAGUUUAAAAGAUUUGAUUCCUGGUUGUUUUUAAGCAUUUCUACUGGUCCAUUUAUCAUAACAUUAGUAAAAAGCAAAACCUAUAUAC